AUGGCCAUUCUUCUCCUUCUGAGUGUCCUGGUUACCUGUGUCUCCUUUCAUGGGACGUCGGCCAACACUGGAGUUAUCAUCUCCGGAGGCGCAUUGGAUAAUUUUUACCAGUCUUCCAGAGAACCUUUGCAAUCAGAACUGGAAGUUUACCUGAAGGCUUUGGCUCCCUUUAUCGUGUCUGGACACUUCCUUGAGGUCACCAUCACCGCUGUGGUCGUAACCAAAAUAGAACUGAGCUUGGUACCUGGCUUGGGCCUGAAUGUUUUAGUUUGUGCAUCGAUUCAUCUCCGUUGUGUGACGCUGGCCUCGGUGAGCGUGACUGUGAUCGCCAACGUCUGUGUCACUCUCCGGCUGAGAGUCACCUCUCUGGAGCUGGUCGUUGAUGACUGCAGUGCUGUUUUUGGAGAAAUGCGACUUGAUCUCUUGAGCAUAUCGAUCCAGGUGCCCAGAGUUGCACUGAUUGGUGUUUUAGGCGGUCCGAUUUGCCAGGCAUAUACUGUGGUGUGUAGGAGGCUGAAUUUCCUGCUCGUGGUUGACUUGGCUCCAAUUUCCUUGCCGGCGGGCUGCAGGUAUGAUCGGUUCCCUCCCAGGAUCACCGCUUCGUUGCUCGAGUUGCCUUUUGUCGCAGUCUGCGCGGGGGUCUCCAAACAACAGCCCCCUGUUCUCAGUUGCGGCCACUUGUACACCGGACCCCUGGGCAACAACUUUGUGUAUUACACCAGCGCAGAAGACUUGACUUGUUUGUUCACUGCUCUGUUGGACGCAAAAGUCUUUGACAAGGAGAUCACCCCGACGACUAUGACCACCACUGUCAUCGUGGAGAACUUCCCACAGGUCAACUGCCCGAGGGGUUUGUCUGUCGUUGUUCGGAUCGUGUGUACAAGCCUUAAAGCUGAGAUCAGGACAUCUAGUAUCUAUAUUGAUUUCGGCUUCGGGGUCACAAUUGGAUAUGUCUCAUCAGGGGGAGGAUAUGUCCCCGUUCUGCAUUUUGUUGUGACAGGAAGGUUUGGUAUCCGGGCUACCAUUAACUGUGCAAGGAGAUUGGUCUCGAUCACAAUGACUACAUUAAGUGCAUUCAACAUUGUGGGAUCCUGUGCAACGGGCUCGUGCGUAAUUGAUAGUGCUGUCGCGGAAAGAGUCUUCCCUCUGGGAACAUGGUGUAGACAGAUAUUGAGUGUUAACCUGAAAGAAAGAAUUCACUUAUUGUUACCGACCCACUUCUCCUGUGACACAUGCAGCAGCGCCGUUUACCGCCAGGGAUGUGCCUACAUCUCCUGCUCUCCAGGCUUUCGCUAGUAGAAGUCGGGCCGGAAAAGACCGUCCGAAGAGCAGGCAAAGGGGGUGUUGCUUGCUCUCCUUUGGAGCCAGGAAGGAGGCAAGCAGGAAGUCAUGAAUGAUAGAGGUCUCUUGGU